AUGAAUUCAUUAUCUUCCUUUCGAAGAUGCGUUCUCAGCCGAUCCCCUCGGUCAACAUCCCCGUUGAUGCUCGACUUUCUCGCUCCGUCGAUUUUGCGCCAGAGUCGACCCCGGCACAGCUCUACAGCAGCAUCUAAUCCUUCGGAUGGUGCACAACAAUCCUCUCAGAAUUCUGCCGCUGGAUCCUCUCAGCCCACAUACGUUCUGAGCAAGAAACAACGAGAGUACCUGGACAGCGCACUCCGAGUCAACCAAGCCGGCGAACUUGCCGCAACGCUCAUCUAUACGGCGCAAACACCCCAGGUCGUGCGCUCGCAUCCCCACCUCCGACCCCUCAUGAAGCACAUGUAUGACCAAGAAGCCGGACACUUCUCGACAUUUAACAAACUUAUUGCAAAGCACCGGGUUCGCCCGACGGCUAUGUAUCCGAUUUGGGAAGUAGCAGCGACUUUCUUGGGGUGGUCGACGGGAGUCAUGGGCCGGGAGGCGGCCAUGGCUUGUACGGAGGCAGUGGAGAUGGAGAUUGGGUCUCACUAUAACGACCAAGUGCGGGAGAUUUUAUCUUGGGAGGCAGAUGCGAAGAGCCGGGGAGAGGAGCUUGAUGAUGAGCUAAAGGAGAUGCUGGCAACAUUCCGACGAAUUCGUGAUGAGGAGCUAGAGCAUUUGGAUCAUGCCGUUGAGAACGAUGCCAAAGAGGCGCAGCCUUAUGAUCCAUUGGUCAAUGUGAUCCGCUUGGGCUGUAGAGCGGCCAUCAAGAUCAGUGAAAGGGUAUGA